ACGCGGUGGGUGGGGGUGUGAGACUGCGGGAGGGCUGCUGCUCGCGGAGGAAAGUUAAGGGAUCGUCCAUCGCUGCAUCACGAUGACUCUCCAGGCUGACUUUGACAACGCUGCGGAAAAUGUUAGAAAAUUAAAGACCAGGCCUACUGAUGAUGAACUUAGAGAACUGUAUGGGCUCUACAAACAGGCUACUGUGGGAGACAUUAAUAUUGACUGUCCUGGAAUGCUAGAUAUGAAAGCCAAAGCCAAGUGGGAAGCAUGGAAUCUUAAGAAAGGUUUGUCAAAGGACGAUGCCAUGAAGGCUUAUAUUUCUAAAGCAAAUGGGAUGAUCGAGAAAUAUGGAAUAUAGAAUUCUUCCAAGUAUCUUAAAUGGCAGUAGUGAAUGACUAAUUUGAAGAGAAGAGCACUGUUAAUUUCCAGUCAGACAAAAAACUUUACGAAUCAUGAGUUGUUUAACUGGACACUUUAUGAUGCUGACAGUACUUGUUUACAAUAAAUUUUUUACCUGAUA